UCCGAGUUUUUCCUUCGCAAGAAUCUAGCAGAAACGCCCCCCGACAACAGUCUCCAGACUCUCCACCACCUCCCAAAAAAUCUCCACUUCAAAAUUUUCCUUCAAAGAAUCCAUCGUUUCCCCGUUGCGGGCGCCUUUCCUUGAACUCAUCAAUCAGCCCAGAUCGAGAGAAACGAACGGAGAUGUCUGGGUACAAGGCAGAAGAUGAGUAUGAUUAUCUGUUCAAGCUUGUGCUGAUAGGCGAUUCAGGGGUCGGAAAAUCCAAUCUUUUAUCGAGGUUCACCAAGAACGAGUUCAAUCUCGAGUCCAAAUCCACUAUAGGCGUUGAAUUCGCCACCAGGAGCCUGACCAUCGAUGGCAAAGUCAUCAAAGCUCAGAUUUGGGAUACUGCUGGUCAAGAAAGGUACCGUGCCAUUACUAGUGCUUACUAUCGAGGAGCCGUUGGUGCAUUGCUUGUGUAUGAUGUUACUCGACGUCCCACUUUCGAGAAUGUCUUAAGAUGGCUUAGAGAAUUGAGGGAUCAUACUGAUCCAAACAUUGUAGUAAUGCUCAUUGGCAAUAAAUCAGAUCUUCGACAUCUUGUGGCCGUUACGACCGAGGAUGGUAGAGAAUUAGCUGAGAGGGAGUCUCUCUACUUCAUGGAGACAUCUGCUUUGGAAGCGACGAACGUAGAUAAGGCUUUCACGGAAGUGCUUUCUCAGAUUCACCAGAUUGUGAGCAGGAAAGCAGUUGAGGCCAACGAUGAAGCUGCUACUUCAUCUGUUCCAUCUAGAGGGGAACCAAUCAACCUCAAAGAUGAGACAUCUGCUUGGAAAAGACUGGGGUGCUGUUCAAGCUAGGACUAGCAAGGAAGAAUUAAGGUUGGUUGAGGCUGCUCGUGAUUACAUCAACCCUGAAAAUACGGAAAAUGGUACUUUCCUGAAAACUCAAUUUCAACAUAAGCAUCACAAACUGAUAGUUACAUUGGUUGGCCUAUGAAACGUGAAGGCCCUUUAGUAUGCUUUUGGACCAUGGUUUGGGAUUGUCGAUGGCAAACCAUUUUCGUAUAUUAUUUGCAAGAUCUCAUUCCGUCCGUGUAUUAUCUGUCAUCUUUGGUUCGAUCAGGUUUUAGUUGUGUUGGUUGCAUACAUGCGCGCGCCCUUUUUGACUAGGUCAUGCAUUCUUGGUUUGAAAGAAUUGAGACAUUGUUUAAGGUUUACGUUUGGAUGGAUGUUUCUUUUUAGGAUGUACUGAUUGAAGUUGUUUUGAGAAAAUAUCGGAGAAUGUAACUGAGUGUUUGGUUUGUUUUCCGGAAUGUUUUUGAAAAAUA